GAUUCUUGUGCAUAUUAAAAUAGUGUUGUGACUGUUGUCUUUGAGUUUAGUAGCCAAACCGAGGACAAAGUCAACUUGCUCUUUAGUCCCAAAAACGCUCAUCAGAUUCAAGAUCAGUAGCAACAAUGGAGAAGCCAAAGUUCAAGACUGUCCAAGAGGUGGUUGCAGCCGGCGAAGGACUACCGGCUAGAUAUCUCCAAGCACCCACCGGCAACGACAAUGGUAUACCUCUUAACGCCUCGAUCCCGGAGAUGGAUAUUCCGGCGAUCGAUCUUAGUCUUCUCCUCUCUGCUUCUGAAGAUGGUCGAGAAGAGCUGAAUAAACUUCACUUGGCGCUCUCUACAUGGGGCGUUGUUCAGGUCAUGAAUCAUGGGAUUACAAAAGCGUUUCUUGACAAGAUUUACAAGCUAACCAAGGAGUUCUGUGCACUUCCGUCCGAAGAGAAACAGAAGUACGCGAGAGAGAUUGGUAGUAUCCAAGGAUAUGGAAACGACAUGAUUCUGUGGGAUGAUCAAGUUCUUGAUUGGAUCGACCGUUUGUAUAUUACUACUUACCCUGAAGAUCAGAUACAACUUAAGUUCUGGCCUCAAGUCCCAACCGGAUUCAGACAUGUGUGGAGAAAAUGCUACGAUGGAUACAUGUAUCCUCCAUGUCCGAGGCCGGACAAGGUUAUCGGUGUUAAACGGCAUGCUGAUAAGUCAGCUUUCACUCUUCUCUUGCCCGACAAAAAUGUAGAAGGGCUUCAGUUUCUCAAAGAUGGGAAGUGGUAUAAAGCUCCAAUUGUCUCUGCAGAUACAAUUCUGAUCAAUGUUGGAGAUCAGAUGGAGAUAAUGAGCAAUGGGAUAUACAAGAGCCCGGUUCAUAGAGUGGUGACUAACAGAGAAAAAGAAAGAAUAUCUGUUGCAACUUUUUUCAUUCCAGGUGCAGACAAAGAGAUUCUGCCUGUGGAUGGGCUUGUGUCUGAGGCAAGACCAAGAUUGUGUAAGCCAGUUAAAAACUAUGUGGAGCUCUUAAACAAUUACUAUCUACAGGGUUUAAGACCAAUAGCAGCUUCGUUGAUCUGAUCACACUUUUCAAGUCUCCAAUCUGGUUACACAAAUUUCAUGACUUGAUCCUUUAUAAGAAUAAAACUGUUCCUUUGUU